CUCAGGCCCGUCCCUCAGGUCACGGAACCGGCGGCCUGGUCUUCCCUGACCCCCGGGGACAGGGAUGGGGUGGCGUCCGGGGGUGAAGGAGAGCAAGUCCCGCGGGAGAGGCCGUGUGAGGUGCCCGUCACAGGGUCUGGUGGCCAAGAGCAAAUCUAAAUACAUUCUGGUGAGAAUGAAAAGUGCGGCUGAGACAGGCUACUGUUUCAACGUGAGGAGACUCCGACUGCAGGAAAAACUGGUCCUGCUGAAAUACGAUCCCAUUGCAAAACAACGUGUCCUCUUCACAGAGAAGAGAAAAAUCCGCUCUAUCUGAACAAUGACUGGACUUGAUUUAUGCACGAGGAGAGGAUGGUUUGAGGGGGAGAAAGAGGUGAAUGCUGAUUCAGAAAUACAGCAACAUGGGCUGAAAAGAGAGGAAAUGAACUGGGAUCACCAUCUCCUGUGAUUUGAAGGCCAUUGUGAAUAAAACAAUGUAGAGAGAGAAAAUUCUUCAUGUCUGGACAUAGAUCAUCACAGUAACAUUUAUUUAUCUUUUGAGUUAUUUUUACAGUACUCAAUUAAAAAAAAUUAAAUAGCAAA